GGAUACGUCAACAUCGCCGCGCGGUUUACUUGAGCUCUCUCUCGUUGGAUGCUCGUCGUGAUGGCUUCCCAAAAGCCCCCACCAACGUCAUCGUCGUCAUCUCCGUCGUUCGCUUUAGGAGACCGCAAAAAAAUAAACGCAAAAAGCGCGUGUGAAAUAUAAUUAAUUGUUUUACUGUCAGAGCAAACAAAAACAAAAAAUAAAAAAUAAUUAAAAACAACAACAACUAGUUAAACAAACAGCAACAAAUUGGAAGCAUAACAAAGCCAACGUGCAACCUAAUAAGUGAAAUAAUCAACAAAUAUUGAUGUGUUAAAAAGUGAGAUUCCAUAAAAAUAUAACUAUAUAUUCAUUUGAUUCAUAACAAUAAUAAUAAUACCUUGCCUCAGCAGCAGACGAAAGGAUCCCCAUGAAUAUGAAUACAAUACUCGUAACGUGUAAGCGUAUGAAUACAAAUGUGAAUAACGAUAUCGGAAUGAUUAUGAAUAUGAACAGUAAGCCGAGUAUAUUGACCAGUUGUAAGAGCCAUUCUACUCGACGCCGCUGAUGAUGAUACGAGUAACAAUAAAUUCGAGUAUGAAAAUUCCAAAAAAUGCAAAUUGCCAAAUCUGAGGGUGAACAAUAAAAUCGGCCAUAAAGAACAUCAAAUCAAGAGCAGACGCUAACCGACGAUAAUAUUCGCCCAGGCCUCAGUCGAGGACAACAGCAGCGGGAGCAAUAACAACAAGGACAACAACCAGCACUCUGGCCGUUGGCGAUGGCCGAGUCGCAGCCAAAUCCCGCACAGCAUCUGCAGCGGCAAAGACCCCAGUUCCAACUCCAACACCAUCACCAACUCCGACUCCAUCAUGGCAGCAAAUGUCGGCACGUGCACUGUGAGAACUCCUGGAGCGUCGUUGGCUGGAGGAGAUUCGCCUGGCUGUUGGCUGUUGUGUGCCUGCUGACGCGGCCCGUCAUGCCGGAAGUUAUUUAUCGAGUUGAUCCUUUGGCUCUGCUGGCGGCCACCUUGCGGACGUACCAGCGUGCCGGAUGCGAUUCAGAGCAGCUGUCACUCAGCUGUCCACGUGGUACUAGCAUUUCCAUAGAACUCGCCCAGUACGGACGGGCGGGAGAUUUAUCCGACCACAGCUUGUGUCCGCCAGUGUCGCAGGAGGACCUCACCACGACCGGAAGUGCCGGCGAUGCUGUCAUCCACAGCGGCACCGAAAUCGAAGUCAAACCGCCGGAAACGUGUACCGUAAGCGGAUUACAGUACGCUCUGCUGCAGACUGUCGUGGAUGCCUGCCAAAAGAAGCGACACUGCAAGUUCGCUGCGAAUUCCAAAACCCACACAACUGGAGAUCCUUGCUCGGGCAUACGAAAAUUCGUGGAGAUUGCCUACAAAUGCCGUCCAUACGAAUUCCGGAGCAAGUUGGCCUGCGAGAACGACAACAUGCCGCUGAUGUGCAACCCUUACUCCCGCAUCGCCAUCUACAGCGCCUCCUUUGGCCACACCGAGAAGGAGAGUGUGCAGUGCGGCAAUCCAGGACAGACACCAGCUGGCAGCGUCCUAAUAAACCGCGAGGAUGCAGCACAGCCCACCUGUUUGGUGUCCUAUGCCACAGAGACUGUCAUGCAGAUCUGCCAUGGGCGACGACGCUGCUCGGUGACCGCAGAUGCCGGCACCUUUGGACGCCCCUGCAAGAACGAUGUGCGCAUGUACCUCAAGGUGGUCUACACCUGUAUUCCUCGCAAGGUGCUAAAAGAUCGCUACGAGACUGCUCCUGAAGCCGAUGAGCCGCAUCAGACGGAUCUGGAUCUUGAUCAGGAUGAACUCUACGAUGAGGAUCAGUUCUAUAAGGAGUCCGAGGCCAUUCCACCAGCUCCCAAGCUGCAAGGCGCCAACAGCGGACGACCCUUUGACUUCGAUCACAGCCCCGCGGGGAGAGGAAUCCACAAGCACUUUACUCCCACCUUUGCUGUCCCGCAAUGAGGGUUCGCUAGAGGAGCGACUACAGUCAUCUCUACGAUUGUUAGACCGCAUAAAAGAGUCGUUCAGGCAGCCGUUGGAUGCUGAAGCAACAACAUUGGCCAAUGAC